UGGUAUGCUAUACCGCUUCGUCGCCCUCGGCGUCGCGCUGGCGUGCGGGAUCUGGACCGGACUCGCCGUGCAGGAGAAUUACGACGAGAUCUGUGACGAGCUCCGCAAGAGCAUCGCCGACACCGACAUGCCCCGUGCCGACCGGGAGAAGAUUGCCGAGGCGGUCGUGCAAUUUCUGCCGGCCGGGCUGCCCUUCGCCGCCUUCCUGGUCACCUACAUGGCGAUGGCACUGCUCGGGUACCUGAUCAGCUGCGUCUGCUCCUGCUGCGGCUGCUGCGGAGGCUGUUGCGGCUGCGGCCCCGGCCACGAGUACGCGAUGAUGCCUCCCACCGUCGCCAUCGGCGGGCAGUACCGCGUGAUGCUCGUUCCACCGCCCACCGCCCCGCGCGGCACGUGGUCCGACGGGCUCUGCUCGUGCCUUAGCGACGCGCCCGUCGCACUGGUCGCUUGCUGCGUGCCUCCUCUCUUGCCCGCGAUGCUGUACGAGCGCGUGACUGGGCACGCGGGCUCGUGCAAGUUGCUAACCGUCUUCGUCGGCGGACUGUGGCUUCUCGCAACCUUCGGCGCGCCUGCCUUUUGCCAGUACGGCGGCAGCUUGCCGAGCCACGUGCCAAACGAGUGCCGUCUGGUCAACGCCGCGUCGACGGCGUCGAUGGUAUGCAUGGUGCUGCUGGUGUGGACCGUGCGGAGCCGGGCCUUCCACAUCCCGCCCUCCUGUGCUUGCGACGCCUGCGACGACGGCGCCUGCGCGUGCUGCCGCCCUGAGCCUCCCUGCAACCUUCGCUACGCGCCGCAGCCCGCCUACGCUCCGCCGAUGGCGGCGCCCGUCCCCGGCGCGGCGCCGCACCAGGCCGUCCCCGCGGGAAGCGAGGUGCCGAUGGGGCUGCCGGUGACGCCGCCAAAGUGA